AUGCCUCUUACAAAGGGAACUGCAAAACCGACCACGCCAGCGCAGCCCAUCACAGCGAAACAGCCACCGAGACAAGGUCACAAGGAUCAGCUUCCUGUCAUCCCACUAAUCGCCUUGUUCUUCCUGGGAUCAGGUGCUUUCUAUCUCCUAGUGCACACCCGCGCUGGAACUGGCGAUAGCCAUUACGAAUUUUCACGUCGUGAUCGGAUAAACAGCUACAUCAACAUCAUCAUGCCUGUCAUUCCGUCCUCCGAUGCCGCGCUACCAGCGACGGAGCGCAAGCAACCUCUUUUCUCGCCAGACGAUGCAGCUAAAAACCAUGCACUGGUCAUCUUUGUCCUCGGUGGGCCCGGCGCAGGAAAGGGAACCCAAUGCGCCAACCUCGUCCGCGACUACGGAUUCAGACAUCUUUCCGCAGGCGACCUGCUGCGCGCCGAACAGGACCGGCCAGGGAGCGAAUACGGCGAUAUGAUCCGCAACAUCAUCCGCGAGGGCCAGAUCGUGCCGAGCGAGGUGACAAUAGCACUACUCGAGAAUGCGAUGCAGGACACCAUCUCCUCGGCGAACAACCGCCGCUUCCUAAUCGACGGUUUCCCGCGCAAGAUGGAUCAGGCGUUGGCGUUCGAGCAGCGCGUCGUGCCAUCCCGCUUCACCCUCUUCUUCGACUGCCCUGAGGAGACAAUGCGCGAGCGUCUGCUAGAGCGUGGCAAGACGAGCGGCCGCGCGGAUGACAAUGCUGAAAGCAUCGCUAAGCGCUUCCGCACCUUCGUUGAGACGAGCAUGCCUGUCGUGGAGCACUUUGAGAGUGAGGGUCGCGUGGUCAAGGUCAAUGCUUCGGCGACGCCCGAGGAGGUCUAUCGACGUGUGCAGGAGCAAUUUGCCGCGCGAGGAAUCUCAAAAGACUAG